GUAAUACAUAGAAAUGAGCAAUAAUACUGAAAAUCAGAAUGGCCAGGAUGUGGAUACAAACUUGUUGAAGAAGCUUAUGUCAAUGAAAUUUUACUCAAAGUUAGUUUCUCUGGGAAGAUUCUUGCAAAUCUUUAAAGGAUCAACUCCUUUUUGUAAACAUCAAGGAUCUUGAUCUUUGAAUGUAGCCAAUACUCUUUUGAGGAACUUCUCUAUUGGGUUCUUUGGAGAAACACUCCUGAAUAUCCUUUUCAAGCUCUUGAAGACGAAGAGUAUUAGGAAAACUCUACAGAAUAUUUUUACUCUAGAUAGUGUCCAACUCGGCGCUAUCGUGGCAUUAGUGCCUGCUGCUUAUAAAUUAAUUUUAUGUACCCUCAGGUGAUGACGUAGAAAAGAAGACAAAUACAACUCAAUUAUUGCUGGAGUUAUUUCAUCACUGUUUGUGUUCAAUUUAGAAUUAACUCCUUUGAGCUGCCCUCAGAAUGACGCUAGAAGGAAGUUUUUGAUCUUCUUAGUCUUUGCUAGGUCUCUCCAGUCAGGAGCAGAGAUUUUGAAAAAUAAGACUAAAAUCCCUGUUCCAAACAAUUGGGAGGAUAUUCUGUUGUAUCUAAUCUCAGUCUCCUUUGUCGCUUGGGCUUAUUUUGACUGGAAAGUUUUGCCAUUCAAUGUGUAUAACCUAAUGAACAAGAACGGAGCUCAGAAAUACAAUGACACUGUCAUGAUGGAAGUGAUCUACAGAGGUAUUGGAGAAAAGUACCAUUAAAAUUUAGUAUUCAAACGCGUUUCUAUUAAA